AUGAAGAAUAAUACUAGAUUCACACUUAUAGUGGUGGGUGUACUAUUCCAUCUGCUAUAUCUGUGGUCCAUUUUUGAUAUAUAUUUCAUAUCACCAUUGGUCCACGGUAUGGAACAGAAGAUAAGUACCAAUAAUCCUCCAGCAAAGAGACUGUUUCUGAUUGUAGGCGAUGGUUUAAGAGCUGAUACAACAUUUGAUAAGAUUACCCAUCCUGUGACCAAGAAGGCAGAUUAUUUAGCUCCUUUCAUCAGAUCAUUGGUUCAAAAUAAUGCCACUUAUGGUAUCUCUCAUACGAGAAUGCCAACAGAAUCCAGACCUGGACAUGUGGCCAUGAUUGCAGGUUUCUAUGAGGAUGUUAGUGCAGUUACAAAAGGUUGGAAAGAAAACCCUGUGGACUUUGACAGUUUCUUUAAUCAAACAGCUCACACAUACUCCUUUGGUUCUCCAGAUAUACUACCAAUGUUUAAAGAUGGUGCAUCAGACCCAAACAAAGUCGAUGCCUGGAUGUACGGACACGAAUACGAGGAUUUCACUCAAUCUUCAAUUGAGCUUGACGCCUACGUCUUCAGACAUCUAGAUCAAUUGUUCAAAAAUUCCUCCACUGAUAAAGAAUUGGAUAAGCAAAUUAGACAAGACGGUAACGCCUUUUUCCUGCAUCUACUAGGUUGUGACACAGCAGGUCACUCUUACAGACCUUACUCUGCUGAAUAUUAUGAUAAUGUGAUCUAUAUUGACAAACAAGUUGAAAAAUUGGUCAAACAAGUAGAAGAGUUUUUUGGUGACAACGACACAGCUUUCAUUUUCACAGCAGACCAUGGUAUGAGUGCUUUUGGCUCCCAUGGUGAUGGACAUCCAAACAAUACACGGACACCGUUAGUGGCCUGGGGUGCAGGUCUAAAUAGACCUGUACGUUUAGAUACACCAGAAUUCGAUGAAUACACCGAAAAUUGGAACCUUGCUAAUAUCAAGAGAAACGAUGUUAAACAAGCUGAUAUUGCCGCUUUAAUGUCGUACCUGAUUGGUACAAAUUACCCAGCUAAUUCCGUUGGUGAACUUCCUCUAGCGUACAUCGAAGGUUCAGAAGGCCAGAAACUAGAAGCACUUUUGAAUAACGCGGAAAGCAUCCUCGAACAAUACCGUGUAAAAGAAAAUGAAGUUAUAAACUCUCAAUUUGUUUACAAAAUAUAUCCAAAAUUUGCCGAAAAGUCCCCCACAGAAUAUUUGAAAGAGAUUAAAGAGCUUAUCAAAAAGAUUGAAAACGGAGAAGAAUCACUAGAACCAGAGGCCAUCAGGUUAACGGAAGAACUUAUGAAAGUGACCCUAGAAGGUUUACAUUAUCUGACUACAUACAAUUGGAGAUUCAUUAGAACUAUUGUAACUUUCGGUUUCUUAGGUUGGAUUUGUUAUUCAUUUAUGAUUUUCUUGAAAUUGUUUAUCUUAAACAAUAGCCAAACUACUCACCCAUCAAUUCUCAACAUUUCUAUUUUCACAUCGCUAGGAUUAAUCCUAAACUAUAUUCUUUUCUAUCAAAAAUCACCUUUAAACUUCUACUUGUAUUUGAUAUUCCCUCUAUUUUUCUGGAGCAAGAUAUUCUCAAACACAGCUAUUAUACGUGAUGGUGUCAAUGAAUUUUUUAAAGGCAUCUCAAAAGCUGAGUCUGUUAUAAUUGGAUUAACAAUCAUUUCUAUUUAUGAAGGUAUCGUCUAUGGGUUUUUCCACCGUUGGAUCUUAUCCCUAAUUUUAGUUAGUUUUGCCUUCUAUCCAUUAGUUUGUGGUGUCACAGACUUGUUUACCAAUUUAUUAUGGAUACUAACAAGUGUUGGUCUUUCUAGUUUCACUCUACUGGAUGCGGUAAAGAUCGAAAACUUGCAACAAAUCCAGGUUGCAGGUAUCUUAAUUGUAUUAAGUUCAGCUUAUGCUGUCAUGCGGUUGUCUCAAGAUAUUUCCAAAUACACCCAGCAUCUUCUGUCUAUCCAAAUAUUCUUAGUGAGUGGUAUGUUACACUUCACUUCCAAGUCAGUUAUAUCAUUACAGAAGAGAGAAGGUUUGCCAGCGUUUGCUCAGGUUGGUGGUUGGGCUAUCCUAGUUAUUUCCUUAACAAUAAUGCCUUUCUUGCAUUACUUGAAGCCAAACAACAAUUAUCAAGUAAGAUUACUAACCAUCUAUCUAACAUUUGCCCCAUCAUUCAUUAUCUUAUCCAUAUCUUUUGAAGCAUUGUUUUAUUUCAUCUUCACUGCUUACAUUGUUCAAUGGCUACAAAUUGAGAAAAAUAUCAAGGUUUUAAAGGAUGAACAAAAGUCAGAUAGUAAUGGUAUUCAGUUACUGAGAGUUGCAAUCAUUGGCUUCUUUUUACAACAGAUAGCCUUUUUUGGAACUGGUAAUGUGGCGUCAAUUUCAUCCUUUUCUUUGGAUUCAGUGUACAGAUUACUACCUGUGUUUGAUCCAUUCCCUAUGGGUGCUCUAUUAAUGUUGAAACUUAUUAUCCCUUAUGUCUUACUGUCAUGCGGUCUUGGCAUUAUGAAUAUUCAACUGGAUAUCAAAGAUUAUACCAUCUCUUCAUUAAUUAUUUCUACGAGUGAUAUACUGUCAUUGAACUUCUUCUACCUGUUAAAGACUGAAGGGUCAUGGCUUGAUAUUGGUGUUACUAUCUCAAACUACUGUCUAGCCAUUCUGUCUUCUCUGUUCAUGCUGAUUCUGGAAAUUGUAGGACAUCAGCUAUUGAAGAAUGUCACAAGAGCUACUUCAUCUCAAAAGAAAACGAACUAA